GGGGAGAGGCAAUGGUAUAAAACCCCUUGGGCUCAGUCCAGUAAAGCUUUAGACCUCCAGGAGACUUAAAAUACACCUGUGUGUCACACUGCCUCGGUCGACUGCUAUCCUCUGACAAUGCAUUCACGAGCCUUGUUCACUCUCUCAGUUUUCACUCUGCUGAGUGUUAUAUUUUCAGCACCAAUAAAUGAUGGAAAAGACUCUGAUGACAGAAAUAUAGCCUUGCUGGACCACAUAAAUGGUGUCGCUCACCCAUCCACCCCUACCCCUGAAGAUGCCACAGGUACUGACGCAUGCAUCACGGGGGCUGUGGACUCCUCGGCUGAGCACACUGCUAAAGAUGCUGUGGACUCUUCUGACAUCACAGACACACCUGAUGCAGGAAGCACUGGCAGCUCCACAGGCAAAGACAAUGGAGACACAAGCACGGAUGAAACUACGAAUGGACCCAGUUCCCGAGAUAUGAAUGCAAACCCAGACAGCAAAGAAACAGAUCCUGCUGAUUUAGGUGAUUCUUCAGCCGGUGAAAAAACAUCAAAGGAGGAAAGCAAAGAUGCAGAUGUUCCAGAUCAUUCUUCAGAAGAUGCAGAUGACAAAGACUCUUCACAAUCACAUGAUGAUGAUGAAGAUGGAACCAUAAAAGCUGUACAGGCAGACUCUGCAGCUGCUGACAGCGCAGAUGUGACAGAGGUGCACUCCAAAGUAGAUGAAGCUUCAGAUAAGGGCUCAAGUGAAGCAUCAGAUGGUGACAACAGCGCCCCUGAGAGAAGUGUGGAUGAAGAUGACGCCUCCAUGUCCUCCGAGGGUUCAGACAAACAUAACCAGGAGGGCGACAGUGCUCAUGACGAAAGCAAAGAGGCUGGGUCUGAUAAGCCAGAAACAGAUGUCACGGAACACCAGGAUAGCAAGCAGGACACUGACAGCAAACAAGACGCUGACAGCGACACUGACAGCAAAGAAGCUGACACGCACACUGAUGACCAACCAGACAAAGACAGCGACACCGACAGUAGCAAGGACAGCAGCAAGCAGGACACUGAUGACCAUCCGGACAACGACAGCCACUCUGACAAUGAUGACCAUUCAGACAAAGACAGCGACUCUGACCAUGACGACCAUUCUGUCAAACAGGACGACUCUGACCAUGAUGACUCUUCGGACAAACACGGCGACUCUGACCAUGAUGACUCUUCGGACAAACACGACGACUCUGACAAUGAUGACCAUUCGGACAAACACGGCGACUCUGACCAUGACGACCAUCCGAAAAAACAGGGCAACUCUGACCACAAUGACAAUCCAGGAAAAAACAGCGACUCUGACCAGGAUGACCAUCCGGACAAAGACGACGACUCUCACCACAAUGACCAUCCGGACAAAGACGACGACUCUCACCACAAUGACCAUCCGGACAAAGACGACGACUCUCACCACAAUGACCAUCCGGACAAAGACGAUGACUCUGACCACGAUGACCAUUCGGACAAAGACGACAACAGCAAGCAGGACGCAGACGACAAGCCAGACCACGACAGCCAUGAGGAAAGCGAGAACCCCAGGCAAAGGGCAGAAGAGGGAGGGGUGGGUGGCAGUCAGGAGGUUUCCUCUGUCAGUGCUGAGGAGGGGGCGGCUGGCGGCAGUCAGGAUGCAGGACACGCCUCAGUAGAAGAGGGCGCCAGCGUUGGGAGUCAGGAGGUCAGUGCCAGCAGCACCGAAGACAAGGACAGCACAGACAGCCAUGACGCAGACGGUGACAGUAAAGAGGACAGUCAGGACACAGAUAAGAGCGAGGGAUCCAGCAAGGCCAGCGAUCAGGACCAUGACAGCCAUGACAGCCAUGACGAGUCCAACACCUCUAGCAAACAGGCUGAGGAGAGCAGCAAGGAGAAUGAUUCUGAUGUUGCCAUUUGUUAUAUUUCCCUUCCUGCAGAUCAUGACAGCACAGAGACCUCUAAACAAGACUCAACUGAUACGGACACAACCAGUGACGAGGAUACCAACACAGAAACAGAAAAGGACAUCGACUCAGACAAAGAAAAGGACACAGACACAGACAAGGAUACAGAUAUGAACAAAGGUGAUACGGCUGGUUCCUCAGACUCAGAUGAGAUGAAGGAGUCCUUUGAUGCAGACGAGAGAGAUCCCAAAUGGCAAGGAGACACCGUUGAUACGCCAGUCCAUCCAGAUCAAACAGAUGGCACCACACAAGGCGUCUCGCAAGUCUCUGAUGCUGGCAUCACCAAUUCUGUACAGGCAUCCUAGCGCUAUGGCCUGAUGCCAUUGGAUGCUGGGAAUCUUGACUUUCUACAGAAGCACAAUAAGACUCAGAGAAAAGGACCGAAGCCUGACAGUCGAGUCUUCAUAAUAUGACAACCACAAGAAUAUGAAGAAGCGCCCACUUUACGUUCCUUACGUUCAUCCCGUAGCAUGUCGAAUGCUUCUCUAUAGGGUUAUGGGAAAGUGUUAAAUUAUUCUUCUGUUAAUGUAAAUUACUUUUCGCACACUUUUAGCUUUCAACUUGCUUGUUAUUCUUCGAUGACUAACACAUUAGUGGAAAAGGGCCCAUUGCUUUACCCUUUAGCCCUGUGGUGUUGUAUAAGCUUUAUUGAUUGGUGACAAAAAGCCUUCUUUUAGGAUGCAGGUGCAAACAUUGACAGUGUAAAGAUACUGUCUUUAAUUAACUCCAUUCUGCCAACUCACAGCCAAAAGCUGAAUACAUUCUUUCAAAAUAUAGAAAAGAAGCCUUUUUGGAAAUACAAAAAAAAACAACAAAAAAGGAACAUUAAUACAUUUCCCACAAUUUUAUUAUUAUGACUGUUGAUCACUGUUUCACAGCCAGAAAAAAACAAAUCUGAAACUGGACCUGCAGUCAGAUUUCCCCUUCAAUCUGCAAGGCUGGACUUCAGUAAAUACAUUGUUUUGAUAAACUCUGUGCAUGAAAUCACAAACACUAGCAUAUUCAGUAUUUGUAAAUGGUCAUCAAAUUACACAAAAUGUGGCAUCAGUUGUGAAAAUGUACGAAGGCUAUUUCUACAGGUUUUAGGUGGCUGUUGUUUUUCUAUACUUCAUGUGGAGCAUUGCUGUUUCAUUGCUUUAUGCUAAGCACAAGCAGAGCUUAGUAUUAAGACAGGUAAUUUGCUGCUAGAAUUAGAAGAUUCUAAUGACCACAGAUUUGUUUUGCGACACAAGUUCAUGUAAACACAAAUGCAGUGUACAUACAUUUCAUGUGAUAAUUCCCCUUGUCCACAUCUCUGAAGAAGUAUGUUUCAUAAAUAUCUAAAAUUCUAACUCAAUGUCAAGUGCACUGCAUAAAGUGAGUAAUAUUUAAAUGAGGUAACAGAGGCUGUCAAAUAGACAAAUGAUGGUAAAAUCAUUUCUGAAGUCCAAAUGGAGGAGCACAUUUAAUAAAAAAAUUGAGUUGUCAAACAAGUUGGUCACUCAGUUUUUUAAAGCAGUCAAGGACUUAGAUCAGCAUGCAAGUGUGUGUGUGCAGAGCACAGAAGAGUGCUCAAUAGAGUGCCUAAAUAGAAUCACAAUUUUACGCUUUCAUCUAGAAUAUGGAUUGAGCAGAAUUUCAGAUUUGUAUGCUGCUCUAGGGAACUUUAAAAUGUAUUUUCUAUAGUUCUGUCAUUACCUGACUCCGAGUUUGGAGCCAUGGGGUACAGUUGCAUCUGACCUCCAUGUGUAAAGUGGGAUUAAACUGGCAAGUUGCUUUUGUG